ACUUUGCGGAAGAAGGUGAUGUUUUGGUUGUGGACGGUUUGAAUGCCUGUCCACAUGCAUGGAUACGUGGACUGUCACUGUCAUAUCUCUUCCGGGGAUUUUGACAAGGACAUAGAGGAGGUGGUAGAGAGUUCAAAGAAGGCUGGAAUAUUGGCGUUAUUAGCUGUAGCUGAGCAUGCUGGGGAAUUUGACAAGAUAAUCGACUUGUCACAGAGGUUUCCAGGGUUUAUUUUUCCCUGUUUAGGAGUCCACCCUGUUCAAGACACUUCCCCUGAGCAACAGAGGGGGGCUUCUCUCCAGGAUCUAGAUGCUGCUCUACCCAUUAUAGAGAAAUACAAAGACCACCUUGUGGCCAUCGGGGAGGUUGGUUUGGAUUUUACACCCAGAUAUGUCAGUGGUGAGACUGACAAAGAGAGCCAGAGACAGGUCCUCAUUCGUCAGGCAUAGAUAGCCAAUGAACUGGAUCUCCCUUUAAAUGUUCAUUCACGAUCUGCAGGAAGACCCACCAUCCACCUCCUGAAGGAGCAAGGUGUCGAAAAAGCCCUGCUUCAUGCUUUUGAUGGGAAACCAUCUGUUGCUAUGGAGGGAGUGAAGGCUGGAUAUUUCUUUUCUAUUCCACCAUCCAUCAUACGCAGUGAACAGAAGCAGAAACUAGUGAAGCAGUUGCCGCUAGAGAACAUCUGUCUAGAAACUGAUUCACCUGCUCUCGGCCCAGAAAAGCAGGUGAGAAAUGAGCCCAAGAACAUCUGUAUCUCUGCAGAGUACAUCAGUAAAAUCAAAGGAGUGUCGCUGCAGGAGGUGAUGGAGGUGACGACACAGAACGCUCUCCGACUCUUCCCAAAAAUAAAAGCUGCCAUCAGACCCUGACAUAACCUUUAACGUUUAUUUUUAUCAGUCUAUAAUAUCUCUAAUUAUAGCUCAGUAAUUUAAAGUGGAAGUCAGAUUGAUCCAAGAUGCUCUAAAGUGUAAAUAAAAACCUCAUCAGACGACGUGUGAAUCAAUUUUAGAGGUGCCUAUUAAAAGCUAAAACACCUACAUGUUGACUAACUGUACUUACGUGCUGAAAGUCAUGUAUUUAUCUCCAUUUAUUAUUAAAUAAAGGAAGAUGAGAUAAUUUAACACA